AUGUCUGAAAGUGUAGAGCAUUGUUCUUCUUCUGUCACUAUUGAAGAUAACAAUGUAAGAAUUUUCAAAACACCCCCUCAGCCUUUGCUUCCUAAAAUAUAUUAUAAUUCUGGAGGUGAUAAAGAGUAUAUGCCAAGUUGUUCUUUGGAAAACAAACCUUUUGUUGGAAUGAUAUUUGAUACUCUUCAAGAUGGUAUUGCCUUUUAUUACAAAUAUGCUAAUGAGUGUGGAUUUAAAGUCCGUUCUAGUACUAAUAAAUCACAAAAGAAUAAGGAUGAUCCCACUGGUAAAGGAGUUAAUUGCAUGGGAAGAGAACCCUCUUGUAUUAUCACUGAUCAAGAUCCUACAAUGGGUAUUGCCAUAGAAAAGCUAAGUGCAAUAGUUUUGGAUAGAGAAAUUGAUCCUCAUGUAUUUGUUGAUGGCCGAAAUAGUGUAAUGGAGGAGUUUGACCUUGUCGAUCAUGAGUGGUUUGCAUACAUGUUCAAGAUUAAACAUCUUUGGAUUCCUGCAUAUUUUAGGGACUUAUUUAUUGGUGGUUUACUGCGUUCUACUUCUAGGUCUGAAGGUGCAAAUGGUUUCUUUUGUAAUUUUACAAAACCUCAUGUGACUUGUGUUGAGUUCUUUGUCCGUUAUGAAACUGUGCUUGAUGCUCAAAGGCAUGAACAGGAUGAGUUGAUCAGGCUUAAUAAACUUGACUCUCAAUUGGUUACUCAUUUACACUUAGAAAAGCACGCUGCUGUUGUUUUUACUCGUGCCAUAUUUUAUGAUUUUCAAGAAGAAUGUGAGGGAGCCUGUUUUUCAUGUAGUGCUGAAAGUUAUAGUUCUUUGUUUAGAGAUGGUGUGGAGUUUUCUAUUAUUAUUGAUCAUGAGAAAAGGAAAAAUUUUGAUAAAAGAUGUUCUGAAAAAAGCUUAGAUUCUAUCAUAAAUGUUGCUCUGGAUGAUGCUUCUAAGUAUGAUAAGAAGAAGCAAUUGGUCAGUGAUGUAUGUUCCAAGAUUUUCAGUUGUGUGAGUUUAACUGACCAAUAUAAGGAUGAUUUAUAUGAGCUUAUUAGGACAUUAUCUUCAUUUGAGGAGCAGAUGAUAUCAAAGAAUAAUCCUGAAAAUGGACCUAGUUCAAAAGAGGUGAAAGAUGCUGAUAUUCAGGUUUUGGUUGGGUUAAAUGAAGUAAAUGUAAAUAUCUUGCCUCCAAAUCAGUGUCUUAAUAAAGGUUCUGCUAGAAGUUCAAAGAAGUUGAAGAGUGUAAAAGAAAUAGCUAUUGAACAAAAAUCCAAAAAGGGUAGAACCUGUAGAGCUUGUGGGCAAUCUAGUGUUUCCCAUGACAGUAGAAACUGUCCAACCGAGUAA